AUGAAGUUCGCCACCGUCAUUGCUACGCUCGCAUCGGGAGCCGCUGCUAUCGAAUGGCUUCCUGUCGUACCUCUCCAUGCACGUCAGGUGACUAGCGGCCCCAAGUACGAAUGCCAUGAGGACUGCGGUUACGCAAUCCUUGACGCCAAAACAGAGGGCUACUGCACCAAUCAGACCUGGACUGAUCUUUUCGAGGGAUGUCUUGAGUGUGCGCUGGAGUUCAACAUCUGGCAGUACUACAGCAACGGUGUUACUGCGGCGGCCAAGAAGUGCAACCUCGACGCUACCCCCGUAGCCGCGGCCAACGCCACAAGCAAUGCGACCACCGCGACAGGUGCAAAUCCUACGGGAACAGGGUCGUCUACGUCUAGCAGCACGGCAACAUCCACCGAGGAAGCCAACAGCGCUAGUCUGAACAAGCCCGCAGCUUUCGUGUUUGGCAUGGCAGUUUUGGCUGCUUCUCAGCUCCUAUAG